UCUAAUAACAGCAAACUUUACUAUUUUAUUUACUAAACAAUUGCACGUUUUGUUGUGAUAAAUAAAACAAAAUGAAUGCACCACCGACAUUCGAGUCAUUCUUGUUGUAUGAAGGCGAGAAAAAAAUCAUCAAAGAAUUGGACACAAAAGUAACAAAUGCGGCAAUAUUUACCAUAAACAAAGAAGAUCACACAUUGGGCAACAUGAUUCGCAACCAACUGUUGAAGGAUCCCAAUGUGCUGUUUGCCGGCUACAAAGUGCCGCAUCCAUUGGAGCACAAGUUCGUCAUACGCAUACAAACAACGGCCGACUACUCGCCACAAGAGGCGUUCAUGAACGCCAUUACAGAUCUUUUGGCCGAGCUGUCGCUCUUCGAAGAGCGUUUUAAGGAUGCCAUUAAGGAAAAGAAGGAGGGUGGUGAUUAGUUUUAAAUAUGCUUUUAAUUUAAUAUGGAGUAUAUACGACAAAGAAAUAUUUUCAC